GGAUGGAGUAAAUGGAGGCUGAAGACAAAAGCAACAGCCCAAACACCUCCAAAGAAGGCUGUGCUGCCUCAUUCAUCACAGCAGGGCAGGAAGCUGUGCCCUUCUCACAAACUCCCUGCUAAAACGCAGCUGUGGUUUCUGAGCUGCUAGCUGGUAAAAGGCAGCAGCCAUGCAAAGCGGAUCUUGUGCAUGCAAGAGCCACAGUGGGUGCGCAGCAGUGUGUGUGGGUGCUGUUUAGUGUCUGAAGGCAAUACAGAGGACAUCCAAUGGAACAGACUGCUUCAGAGGACUUUCUGAAACCUCUGCAUUUGCAGCAGCGUUGUAGAAACUCCCAUGAUCUGUGUGCUCUGAUCAGUAGAAAUGUCGCAGCCCUCAAUCCGGGGGCUGUGCUGACACAGACCCACAAGCAUCAUGCUAUUUAUUCCUUUAGCUUCCCACCAAUGCCACAUUUUUCUGUCCUGACCAUUUGUAUUUUCCCCUUUCUGAUGUCCUCUACUUACAGUAAGUAGUAAAUAGUUUAUUCUACCUCUUGUCUUUCAGGAUAUUUUCAGGAGCAGAACUUCCCAGUGCAGUUACUGUAGAAGCCUCUUUACAACGACCUCAAGUAAUGACACGACCAAGACUCUAAAGGCUAGGGGAUUCCACUCACUGUCUGUAACCUUGCACCUAACUACAAGUGACACUUGCGCCCUGAUGAAGUCAUCAGCAGUGUACUUUCUUUAAGCCCAUGACUCUUAUGACUACGCAGUAUCAUAGGCAACUUCCUGAAGUCCCUACAGAGCAGCCUGUGAGUACAGCACGGGUCAGAGUGCCUUACCAUCUUCUCUGUGAAAGCCAGGGAACAGAAAAGAAAAAACACCAGCUGGGAAAAAAAAAAUAAUGGGGGAUCAUGCAGCCUGUGCCACAAUUGAAAAGGAUAACUCCACUAUUUGCCUAGACAUUCCCUACAAAGACAGCAAGAUACUUCUAAUUGCUGUUUACAGCAUUGUUUUUGCCAUUGGUCUUCCAGCAAAUUGCUUGACUUCCCUGCUCGCAUUUGUACAAAUCCAAAGGAAUAAUGCAAUUGCCAUCUACAUUUUCAGUUUGUCAUUGUGUGAUCUGAUGUAUUUAAGUACCUUGCCUCUCUGGAUUAUCUAUGUGCAACAUGAUCACCACUGGACUAUGGGUGAACAGGUUUGCAAAUUAACGGGAUUCAUAUUUUUCUGCAACAUAUACAUCAGCAUUCUGCUUUUAUGCUGUAUUUCUCUGGAUCGUUAUGUGGCACUGGUGUAUGCUCUGGAAUCAAGAGGGAGAAGAGGACGCAAAAAGGCAAUCAUCAUAGUGUGUUUUCUUGUUGCUGUGGUUGCAAUAAUCCACAGUCCAAUAUUUAAAAUGGAUAGUAUACAUAACAAUAACUGCUUUGAGACCUUACCCCUUGACAAAACACUGGCUUCUUUCAGCUUUGCCAGAUUCCUAUUUGGAUUUGUCAUACCUUUCACAAUUCUCAUUUUCACCAACUACAAAAUUUUCCAAAGAACAAAAACAAGUGACAGUGUGACUUGUCACCAGAAAGCCAAAGUGAAGUAUCUGGCAAUUGCCAUCAUUGUCAUUUUCCUGAUGUGCUUUGCUCCCUACCAUGUGGUACUCCUAAUAAGAGCCAUAUACUUUAUGUUUCAUCAGGAUUGCUCGUGUCCAUUUGAAAAAAGUAUAUAUUCAGUUUUUACAGUGUUUCUGUGUUUAUCAACUGCAAAUGGCAUUGCUGAUCCAAUCAUCUAUGUGCUGACUAGUGAAAACGUCAGGAAAGAUUUCUACAGAAGCCUGAGAAGGUGGAAAUCAAACUCAUCCAGGCUCAACUCAUCCAUUAAUCAUAAGACUGACAGUAGCAAAUUGAAAAUGCAGAAAGAAUCACAAGAAGGAGUAUUAGGGGAAGAAAACAAAGAGAUAGCAAGUUCAUCACACGUGCAGGAGACCGUAUGCAGUCACAAUAGCAAAGACCCAGAAGGUGGUAGCUAGCAGUUUGCGGCUGCAGCUGGCUGCUGACAGCAAAGAAGUUCUCAAUGUGAGUUGCAGACUGCACAGUGCAGCACACAAAUAUUUACAUGCUGAUGUCCAAAGGAAGGGUUGUGGGUUUUUUUGCAGUACGUGGGCCAGCAACUCCUUGAAAACAUUAUGGGAACGUUACUUCUUAUUUCUGUUUCUCUCCUUCUACGAGGUUUGCCCAUCAGUACCAUCAGUGAAAACCUUGCUUUGUGAAGAACAUGUGGAAUAAACUGUGAAAUCAACUUUGACUCAAAGCUUAUUUUUUGGACUCUUACAAAAUGAGAAUCAGUUUCUUCUUCUGAGCUGAACAAAAAGAAACACCCAACCUGGAAGAACAACGUGAGGCCCAUUCUUCUGGUUAAAAUCACUAGGUUCAGGAGGUACACGUUCAGAUUCUCAUGCAUGUAUCCUGUUGUUAAAGUUUGUGGUUAACCAGUGGAAAAUGUAAAAAAUGAGGAAGUCUUUCAUGAGCCUUGAAAAUGUUCCUAAUGCUUCAGUAUGCAGUUUAGUCUACCUUGCAUGUACUGAGUAAAGGGCAAAGCAGUGUCUGCUAAAGUGUACAAACGGUACUUCUACAGUACUCGUCAGGAAACAGCACCAAACAGUCUUGAAAUGCUUAAAAAUGUACCCUUCUACUGCUUGAUAUUUUACAGUUGGUAGAUUUUCCUUGUUUUGUCGCUAACUCUGGAAUGCACUGAAAUGUUUAGAAAAUGUAGGCAUUUUCAGGUGGAAUCGGUGACUGUUUUUAUGCCAUCUCCAAAUAUUUGUUGAACUUGUGUUUCAUUUCUGACUACGGUAAUGCUCCCCUCUCUGUAUCAAUCUGGAUUUUAGUGUGCAGGAUCUAUACAAGAGUGUAGCCUUUCUGCCAAGGAAGCCUUUCUGGCAGGGAAGGAUGGCAGCAUGGAGAACACAAUGCCUUCUCCUUGUGGAUGAGACACACUGGUUGUGCACACUGAGACUGUGCUGGGCAGAUUUUGUUGUUUCUGCCUCAUUUUUGCUGUGUAUAAACUACUGAUGGCAGUAUCCUGUACCUUCAAACUAGAAAUCACAAAAUAAGAAGCAUCUAACUCUACCACCUGGCAAGACUUAUCUAAAAACCUUCUCAUAUUUUUAUGCGACCAAAAUAAAACAUCACAAAAGUAGUGAACCAACUGCAUGUUUAUUUCAGUACGAGUUUCUAAAGUAUUCCAUAGUGCCAUUCUGCUUUAUCUGCAAUGUUGUAUUUCAGUAUUUCAGUUUAAAACUGGCAUUAAUAUCCAUAUUUCUGAAUUGAACUAAUAAUAGUCAAGGCUACUUUAAGUAUUUGUUAAUAUUUUAAAAUUGUGCUAGAUAUUUCUGCAUGUUAUACUUCAUUCUUACACACUUUGGGGAAGAAGUAUUGUUCCCAAAUGGCAUUUCCUCAAGCUAUUGUAUUUAUGACUUAUUUAAUUUUUGUAUUAUUUAAUGAGUCCUCUGACAUCUUCCUAUGAAAUGUUUGUCUUUUCAAAGGGAGAUCGCACAGUUCUGAAUGUAAUAGAAGAUUGUUUCUUGGAAAAAAUGUGAAAUUGUGUUGUGAUGUUAAUUAACAAAUUGUAAUUUUCUAUUUUCACGUGCAUCUCAGAGCUCAAACGCUCUGAGGUAAAAAGGAGAGUGCUGAAUAUCUGUAACUUUGCUGAAAAUCAAGCUUUGCAUUACUAAGAAAAUCAGCAGCAGGCGUUGCUCAGAUCAGCCGCAGUCAGCCAGAGGGCUGCUGAUUAAUCUCUGAAGACACGUAUGCAAACUGCCGCAGCCUCAGGAUUUUCACAGCCUACAUGUAAAACUUUGGUGAACAAUGGCAGUGAAUUUGGAAGAAACCAAAGAGACGGACUUCAGACUUCUGAGCUGAAUGAAAUGGUUGCAAAUCGGAUAUUCAACCUGAAGAUUUUAGAAAUCUCUCUGAUACUUUUCGUGUGAGAAAAAGCAAGUGUAUUUAAAUCAAACAAUAUUGGAGUCCAGUGCCAUCGAUGCAGGGGACAGGAAUUAGCAAGAUCUGACACAACAUCAGUAAUCCUUUUGCCUUGUCUAAUACAGUUGCCUUUCCAAAUUACUGUAUCAUUGUGCAUCUUCUCUUAAUAUAAGUCCUUGGAGAAUCAUUGUUCUGAUACACUCUGAAAUAAACUCUUCUGCAACCUGAUGUGACUUUGAAGAUGACCUACACAAUCCCCAGAGAUCCUUUCCAAUCUAAUUUAUCCUGUGACAGAAUACUGAAGGGAUUACGGGGGCCAGGUGAAGACACCAAGAAAUGUUAUUUCCACAUCGUCAGAGCAGCCCAUCAGAUACACUGAGUGCUCUGCUCCCACGCCACAAACUGAAGCAUAUGAGCUCACUGUUUUGUUACAUGGUAUAUCAUAAAGGAAGGAUCUCAAUGCUGAGAUACCUGCUGGAGACCUAUUAAAUAACAUUACUUAUGUCAGAACAGAUCUGAAAGGUCAACUGAUUGUAUGGAUUAGGGUUAGGUGUCCCAGCGCUCCCUGAGCUCCAGCACUCAGGGUUGUGCCCACUGCCCUGGGCAGCCUGUUCCAUGCCCACUGCCCUCUGGGGCACAGCCUUUCCCUAACCCCCAGCUGACCCUCCCCUGACACAGCUCCAUGCCUUUCCCUCACCUCCUGUUGCUGUCAUCCAAGAUAAUAAAAGAUGAUUUUACUUCUGUC